AUGUCUGUGGUGGAGGCAAAAAACUCCACUGGAGUAAUUUCUGUCCUGAGUUUUUCACGGCAGUCGUUGUACAUCGCUGUGAUUGUGACGUCAGUGAUUGUGACGUCAGUGAUUGUGACGUCAGUGAUUGUGACGUCAGUGUUUGUGACGUCAGUGAUUGUGACGUCAGUGAUUGUGACGUCAGUGAUUGUGACGUCAGUGUUUGUGACGUCAGUGUUUGUGACGUCAGUGAUUGUGACGUCAGUGAUUGUGACGUCAGUGAUUGUGACGUCAGUGAUUGUGACGUCAGUGAUUGUGACGUCAGUGAUUGUGACGUCAGUGAUUGUGACGUCAGUGUUUGUGACGUCAGUGAUUGUGACGUCAGUGAUUGUGACGUCAGUGUUUGUGACGUCAGUGAUUGUGACGUCAGUGAUUGUGACGUCAGUGAUUGUGACGUCAGUGAUUGUGACGUCAGUGAUUGUGACGUCAGUGUUUGUGACGUCAGUGAUUGUGACGUCAGUGAUUGUGACGUCAGUGAUUGUGACGUCAGUGAUUGUGACGUCAGUGAUUGUGACGUCAGUGAUUGUGACGUCAGUGUUCCGCUUUUGCUUUGUUUUUUACCAAUGA